AUGUCUCUCAUGAUCCGGAUCCCCAGCCGCAACACCGACCGUCGCACGGCGGACUAUUCGACGGCCGAUCGUUCGGAGCUCAGUUGGCAAGACUGGCAGUUCCCGCAAGAGGAAACACUCUCAAAGACCGAUCGUCGCUUCUCGGCAGCGUGCAGUCCAGGCGGCGCGGGCAGCGACGGCGCCUCUCUCCGACAACGACUCCAGGCGCUGACUCGCCAACUACGAAGACGAUCUGGCUCCUCGUCUCUCCCGCGUGCCAGCUCCGGCCAGCUACGGGACAGUGGCAGCUCGAGCCGUCUAUCGGUGAUGAGCAAGUUUUCCAAGUUUGCCAGCACACUCUACAAGAGUCAAGAUUGA